AUGCCUCAGAGGCAAUCGUCACGAGGCCCGCACCCACUAAGAACAUCAGCCACCUCCGACUCCGGGGGCGCCACCACCGACCGAAGCCCGAAGGUCUCCGAUCACCGUCGCUCCCCUCGCGGCGGGCCACAUUCCGAUCCACCACUGCAGCAGAGGAAGCUCGGCACACGAAUCGCCGAUCUCGAGUCACAACUGGGACAAGCUCAGCAAGAGCUCAAGAGUCUGAAACAGCAACUGGCCUCCGCGGAAGCUGCCAAGAAUGAAGCCCAGAAGGAGCUCGAGAACAAGUCCAGUAAGAAAUCAACCCGGCCCAAUCCAGAACCAGAGGAGGUAGCAGGAGGAGGAGGAGAAGAAGAAGGAGCAAUCCCGCCGCUGGCGGCGGCGGAUAACGAUCGGGAGGAGAUCGACGUGUUUGAAGUUCCUGCGGUGGAAAUUAAGGGCGACACACCAAAUCCUACCUCCCCUGGAGAAGACAUUGCCCUGAAGAAAAAGCACGAAGAGGAGAUGAACGAGCUUAGAGCGAAGCUGGAGGAGAGAAAGAGGGAGUUGUUGGAAUCGAAUCAGGAGAAGGAAGAGCUGAGAAAGCAGCUUGAUGAGGCGGCUUCUAGGAUUGAAUGUGGCAAGGCCAAGGAAGAGGAGAUGCGUUCGAGGUUGAGUCGAGUGGAGGAAGCGGUGGAGGCGAGCAGAGGCAAUGCCGCGGAGUUGGCGUGCCAGCUGGAGGCAGUGAAGGAAGGGAAGGAAGUGUUGGAAUGUGAGAUGAAGAGGAUGAGAGUUCAGACGGAGCAGUGGAGGAAAGCGGCCGAUGCAGCCGCUGCAGUGCUCGCAGGCGGGAAUGGGAGGUUUGUUGUUUCUGAUCAGAGGUGUGCUUCCAUGGAGAAGCCCUUCGGUGGUGGUGGAAGCAUGUUCGAGACCCCGGCUGGGUACGUGGGAUCCCCUGGAUUUGGUGAUGAUAUGGAUGAAGGAUAUGGAAGUGGCGGGAAGCAGAGAAAGGGUUCUUCAGGGAUUAAGAUGUUUGGUGACCUGUGGAAAAGGAAGACACAGAAGUGA